AUGCCUGCGAUCUCAGAGUUAUUGGCAAGGCGAGCGGGCAUUGUCUUAGACACGGCACGGGAUGCGGUCCAUAAUGCGGAGGAAGAGAUCCUGGAGGCUUUCCCUGCAUUGGACAAGAGGAUAGUCAUACCUUGCUGCAAUGCAAGUAGCCCCGAAGGACUGGUCGAAGCUGUGACCGUGGAUCCAUGGCAGAAGUCUGGCAAAUACGCUUUAGCAUGGGUAUACUUCUGUAUUAUCCUGCUUGUGCUGAUGACGGCGGUCAGGUGGUGGCAUUUCUGGCAUGAUAAGAUUCGGACUGCGAACCAAAAAGAGCGCUCUCAAGAGAUUGCAAAGAUGGAAUCACCACACACCGACCACGACCUGUCGGGCCUCAGCUCGAGCCGAUCAACGACGAAAUUCUUCCCGAAAGAAGGACCUCUGCCAGGUCAGAACGAACACGAGCCCGCAAAGUCCUGGACCAGCUAUCCCAUCAACGCCACGAUUGCGUUGUUCCGCUUCGCUUUCUAUCAUCCACUUCCGAGCAUCCGAAUAUGGAAGGGCUGGCGACCUAUCGUAUUUCCGUCACCAGGAGUCAUCGUGGUGGUUUUAGCAGCAUUGGCGCUUGUGGUGCUAUACACCUUCAUCCCACAACCGCUGUUCUGGCAGAGCAUCCGCUUCGGCUCACCACCCGUCGCCAUACGAUCUGGCAUGCUCGCGGUGGCGAUGAUGCCAUGGAUCAUCGCACUCAGCAUGAAAGCCAACUUCAUCUCGAUGUUGACGGGCGUUGGACACGAGAGGCUCAAUGUGCUUCAUCGAUGGGCGGCGUACAUCUGCCUGCUGCUGUCGUUGAUACACACUAUUCCUUUUUACGUCACUCCAAUCUACGACCGCGGCGGAAUGGCUGUCUUCAAGUCUUUCUUCGCCAACCAGCACGUCUACGUCUACGGAACGGGCGUCGCGGCGCUUGUACCAUUGAUCUUCCUUUGCGUGCACUCGCUGCCACCACUCCGUCGCAGGUUCUACGAACUAUUUGUUAUGAUCCAUGUACCAAUCUCGAUUGUUCUGCUCGGCAUGCUCUUUUGGCACUGCCACAACUACCUCACAUCAUGGAACUACCUCUUCGCAACUGUGGCUAUCUGGGUUGCCUCCUAUUUGACUCGGUUAUUCUACCUCAACUGGAUGAAUCCAUUCCGCAUGUCCUGGCUUGUCGGCGAUGAAGCGGCAGUCACACUUUUGCCAGAAAAUGCGAUCAAGGUCACGGUCCCUACCCAGGUCAAGUGGAAGCCGGGCCAAUACGUUUACCUCAGGAUGCCCGGAAUCUCGGUCUUCGAGAACCACCCGUUCACGAUCGCUUCAUUAUGCAGCGAUGACUUCCCAUCCGCUUACGGCGAGCAAUACAGAGACAUGGUCGUUGUCUUUCGACCUUUCGGAGGCUUCACGAAGAAGGUGUUGGAGACCGCGCUGGAGCACGGCCCUUGGCGCACGUAUCGAGCAUUCUUGGAUGGGCCAUACGGCGGCAUGCGCAGAAGUAUGGACUCGUUCGAUCAUGUUGUGAUGAUCGCGGGAGGAAGUGGCAUCACAGCAGUAGUGUCACAAUUACUGGACCUGAUCAAGCGGAUGCGGGACGGCAAAGCGGUCACAAAGACCGUUCAGCUGGUGUGGGCGCUGAAGAGGCCAGAGACGAUGGAGUGGUUUAAAGAAGAGCUCAGGAUCUGCAGGGAGUUUGCACCGCCGAAUGCCGUCCAAUGCCAAUUCUUCAUCACUGCAGCGAAGCGGCAAGCUGGCACCGGCACGAUUGUCAGCGCUCAGACCCCCGGGAGACCUGUCAGCAUGGUCUUCCACGACAAAGUGAACGACAUGUUCCAGAACAUCGCGAGCAACAGGUUCUCGGUCAACUCAUCUCACCGCAACUCUGCGCUCAUCCGAGAUGAAGCAAAAGGCGACCCAGAGCGCGAAAAGCAGCUUCGCGAUGAGGACACGGAUCGGUUGCGACCACUACCCGAAGCUCACUACAAAACGGCUCGAGCACCAUCGCCCUCACCAUCAUCAUACCCUCCUAGCCCCAACCUGACCGUCCCCAACGGCCUCGGCAUCAUGGACAUGCCUCACAUGCCACCCCACCCCACCCUCCACGAGAAACGCCGCUCCCGCGCCAUCACCCUCGACAUUACCGACGCCCGCCAAUCGCAAGCCACACAAAUGGACCAGCUCUCCGCCAUGCAGAACCCGCAGCAAUUCGACUUCGGCUUUCCCUCCACACCCACCGAGUUCCAGAAGAAUCUCAUGCGCUUCGCCUUCAUGCCUGCCGCAGUGAAAGCCAAGAAGAGCGGCUGGAGCACUGAAUGGGGUCGUCCAGAUAUCCCGUACAUGCUGCGGGAUAUGAGCAAUGACUGGACGGGACGGCGGACGUGCGUGUUCGUGUGCGGACCGCCGACGAUGCGGGUGGAUGUGAGCAAUACGAUUGCGGAGCUGCAGAAGAUGGUGUUGCGUGGUGAGAAGGAUGAGAUUUUCUUGCAUACGGAGAAUUAUGCGCUGUGA